AUGUCCAAGGCGAAUUACGUCGCCAAGUGCAGCAGCCUGCUCGAAGACUGCAAUAGCUACGAGAAGCUAGAGAUGACACCUGAGAAACUGGACGACACAACGAAAGCAUUCCUCAAAGAACACAUCAAUGGCAAGAUUCCGAAGAAGCUUGAGGAUGCCGUGAACCCGAGUUAUAGUCGAAUGCCACAUUUCUAUGGUCUUCCAAAAGACCAUAAGGAAGAUUUGCCAGUCCGACCAGUUGUAAGCUGUUGUGAUGGACCCACAAGCAACCUAUCUGUGCUGAUGGAACGAAUCCUUAACCAGUUGUUGCGUUUUGUACCCUCGCACCUGGCCUCUACUUUGGCAUGCAUUCAAGAGCUCACGAAACACAAGAAACUGAAUGAAGACUACCUGUUGGUGUCCCUCGACGUGGUCGGCCUCUACAGCAACAUCCCGAUCGCUGACGCCAUUGAAGCUGCGACCACAUUACUGGAGGAGCACCGCGAGGAUGUCGAUAUGUUGGGUCUGAGUGUGAAGGAUGUCCAAGAUACCCUCCAAUUCAUCCUGACGAAUAACAUAUUCGAGUUCGACAAUCAGCAGUACCGACAGCUGAAGGGAAUCACCAUGGGCAACCAUCUGGCGCCGCCAUUGGCCAUUAUUUUCAUGUCAGCGCUUGAGAAUGCAGCCCUGUCUUCUGCUGAAUUUCAGCCCUGCAUUUUCAAGCGCUACAUCGAUGAUAUAAUCAUGCUGUGGCGACAUGGACGAGCGGCUCUGAGCAGGUUUGUUGCCCAUCUCAACAACCAACACCCCUUCAUAACAUUCACCAUCACACACUCCGACAACGACACCAGGAGCAUCGACUUCCUGGAUUUGACGUUGAGUGUCAGUCCCGAGUGUACGUUGGAGUGGGAGCUGUUCGUCAAGCCUUCACACAGCGGAGUUCACCUGUCAUUCCUGUCGUCUGUCCCUUUGUCAACAAAGCGUGCAGUCGCAGUUAAUCAGUGUCGUCGGGCAAUCUCCAACGGUUCAACGGAGGCGGGAAGAGGAGCUGGAAUCCAGAAAAUCACAGCGCUACUGGAAGCCAACGACUAUCCAGAUCGAGAAAUUCAGCGGGCAGUUAAAACAGCAAAGAAACCGAAUCGUGGCAAGAUGAAUCCAUGGAAGAAGCCGAAUAAAUCAAUUCUCAAGCUCCCAUUCAUCAAUGAUGCACUGGCCGCUCGGGUUUCUCGCCGUGUUCGUCAGUAUAGUCCAGAUGUUCGUCUUGUUUUCACGUCUGGUCCGUCAUUGAAGCGUAGACUUGUCCGUUCGUCGUUUGGUACGCGUAUGUGUCCGCGUGAUGUGCAGCGUGCGAAGGUGAAGCGUGGUCCUGGCAGGCCAAUGGUGUGCAGAGCAUGCGACGCGGAUGUGAAGAGCAGUGAAUGUCUGACGAAGAAUGUAGUCUAUUGUAUGUCAUGUACAUUGUGCGAAGAGCUCUACGUCGGGGAAACCGAGCGUCCAGUGAGGGAAAGAUUCAAGGAACAUUAUCGAGAGGCAAGGGUUUCUGAGCUGUCGGCGGUGAAAACAGUCCAGUCGCUGAAAGACUGCCGGGGGUACUCCCCAAGUCUCACAGUUGUAAAGGAGGACAGGCAGCACAAGCGAGCGGUACAGCUUGAGAUUGGAUCUUUCUGA